AUGACGAUCAGGGUGGAUUCCUGGCCCGAUCCAAACUAUGUCAAUCCACCUACUCGUCCCCCGGGGAUCCUCGCUUGCAGUAUUCUCUUCUCCGCGCUGGCAAUAAUCACGCUCCUUCUCCGUCUAUACACACGCCUAAAGGUCACGGCUACGUUUGGUGCGGACGAUGUUUUCAUGAUUCUGGCAACAUGUUUUGCGCUGGCCAUGUACGCCGUCAUGGCAGCUGGGGAUGUCAAGUACGGCUGGAACCGACAUGUCUGGGACAUCCCCCUGUCCAUGUUUACUGCGAAUAGAAAGCUGAACAUGGCAUACGAAAUCCUGUUCAGCAUCUCAUCAUGUUUUACAAAACUCUCCCUGCUCUGGUUGUGUCGGCGCAUUGUUGGAAAUGCGUCCAAAGCCGGCUUUAUGGGCCACUAUGUUGCGCUCGUCUGCUCCAUGGCUCUUAUAACCCUUUGUCUUGUGCUCUUCGUUCUCCUUGCUCUGCUACAAUGUCGACCGCUCAAAGCGUCCUGGGACUUGCAUCGCGACUAUCCUUACCACUGUUUCAGCGGCGCCAUCUUCAUCUUCGCAACCAGCAUCGUCAAUUCCAUAACGGACCUUUUAUGUACGCUCCUCCCGAUGCUUCUGAUCAUGAGACUGUCCAUGCGCACUCCCCAGAAACUCGCCGCCAUGUCGCUCUUCGCGAUCGGCAUCCUGGUCAAUAUCGCAGCGGCAUUGCGCAUCUACUUCUUCGUCAGAGCAGGCAAGUCUGGCGAUCCAACCUGGAAUGACUACCAGACGUGGAUCGCAGGGGAUCUCGAAAUCGGUCUGGGACUGAUCGCUACAAACGCCCUAUCCCUCCGCGCACUCCUCGCCUCCUACAUACCCCGUCUACUGUCCCACACGCGAGGACGUAAUGCAUCUUCACCUUCACCCGCAAUCUUCGGUUCCGCGCCACGCGCCGCACAGCCCCCCUGCUUCCAAUCCAGCUGGCCCGUUGCUAGCAUCUUCAACGGCACCGAUACGCAGGCGUUAUCGAUUGUAAGUGUCGAGGCGCCGAAGGAUCACUUCAUUCUUAAUGGGAUUGAGGUUACCAGGACCGUCGAGUUGGAUGCGUUCUGCUGGGAGGGUCAGCGGGAUAAUUCCCUUGAGGACGCUUUGAGGCCCUAUCAGUUGUAGUUACAUGUGCAUGAUAAGAUGCCUUUGAAGACAUGGUUUUGGCUUUCGCUUCUAUCUUGAUGAUGAUUGAUGGUUUUUUUGUCGUUUACAAUUCGUUGUUCCGUAUACCACCCAGGGCAUUUUU